UAAUUAUCCAAUACUAUGAUUAUUAUUUAAAUUAAUAAUAAAAUUAAAAUAAUGGAGUAUAAAAGAAUUCAAAAACUACUUUUGACCGAAUAUGAAGACUUUACAGACAAAGUUUUAGUUGAAUCACCAUUUGCCCAAACUACAAGAGACGGUGAUGGACUGCAACAAGUCACUCUAGGAUUAACGUCAUCAAAAUUUAUAAUUGCUUCUGACAUUAUGAGAGUUAAUUCUGAAUUUAUUUGCCCGCCUGAAUUAGACUCCAGCAUUGAAUCAUUUGAAUUAGUUUCUAUUUACCCACUAAAUUAUAUUACUUUAAGUAUUUAUCGUCGCAGACGUAGAAAAACAUUGAAGGCAAGAUUUAUUGAUGGACAUAUAAAUUAUUACGAACUCAGUGGUAUGGAUAAAAAAGAAAUUUACUGGAAUUUAUGGUGUAAACAAGUAAGAAUAUUAUUAUCACACAAAGAAAAUGGAAGUUCAUUAUCAGAACCAACAGCUGCGAGUUCAACAAGCGUUAGUACUCUCUACAUUUCAUCAUCAUCAUCAUCAUCAUCAUCAUCGUCGUCGUCGUCGUCAUCAUCAGUUCAUUCACGAGUUGAUAAUAAAAUUUUAAGACUUGGAAUGGAUAGAAAUAUUAAUGUGUAUCGAGUAUGGGCACACUACGGUGGUGCAGGUGAUGGACAUUCACCUCAAUGGCAUAAAAAAGAUUUAUAUUUAGGGCCUUCUUAUAAUGAGCUCAGUUACGGAUAUUAUACUCCGAUUGUGAACCAAAUUACUGAAACCAAUUUCAGAAACAAAUUUAAUUCGUCGAGGGAUUUAAUACUGAGAACAUCAAAUAACUCAUGGUCCACUAAAACAAAACAUAAAAAAAAUGAAAAUAAAAUAAUAAAACCAGUACACAAUAAUGACGUCAGUAGUAAACGUAAAGUAAGAAUGAUAAAAAAAGAUACAGAUAAAAUUGCUAGAAAAUCAUCACGAGAGUCAUCAAAUAAUUCAAGUAAAACAUUAGUAUCAAAAUUAUCACGAUUUAAAUUUGGAAUUGACGAAAAAUGUAUUGCUAAUUUACAUCUCGAGCCACACUACGGCAAUCCACAUCACAUGAUACGAGUUAAACCAGCUUAUACGCUAAUGGAUCCAUACAAAUUAAUGGAGAGCGGUGUAAUUAUUUGGGAAAAAAAUAGUUAUGAAAAAAAAAAAUUAAGAAGAUGGGGAUUGGUACCAACAGCGCAUUUUCUUUAUGCACUAGGCCCUUGGCCAGUUACACCAGGUGACAGAAUAUCUCUUCAACGUAAAAGAUCUUCAAGUGCUGUUGCAAUACGUCGGCAUGGUAAUUUAGGGGUUGAUUUUAAAUUAAAUGUGUCAAAAAAACAAUUAGUAUCCUCUGCUUCUUUGAGCGCAAUAACGACAGUAUUUUCUCCAGUUGAAAUUACAAAUAAUAAUAAUAAUAAUAAUAAUAAUAAUAAUAAUAAUAAUAAUAAUAAUAAUAAUAAUAAUAAUAGUAAACAUUUUAUAUUAUUUUGGACACCUAAUUAUUGGUAUCGGCCAAGGUCAGCAAUUGCUUCCUAUCGUGAAUUACAUAAACACUUAAAUAAUUUACGUGAUUAUCAAUCAACAAAAAAAAAAUCAAAUAAAAUUUUUUUUUUACACAAAAAUAGUAUUAGCAAUAGUUUUGAUCAAAUAAAAACAUGUGAUAAAACAAAUUGUCUAAUGAAAAAAAUAUUUUCAAUGAAAGAUUUAAAAAAUACUAGUAAUAAUAGUAAUUAUAGUGGUUGUAGUAGUAAUUUUUAUAAUAAUCAAGAUAAUUCAAUAAAUCAUCUACGUAAAUUAUUAAAAUUGAAUUUAAAAAUAACAGCAUGGGAUUUAAAUAGUACAACGAUAGCUCAACAAUUAACAUUAAUUGACCGUGAUUUAUUUUUACGAAUUUCACUUACAGAAAUGGAGAUACUAAUUAUAAAAAAAUUAUCAAAAAAUACACCAAAUGUACGCGGUUGGAUUGCAUUUAGUCAUCGUAUAUCUUGUUUGAUAACAAGUGAAAUAUUAUCAAUUCAAAAAUUAAAUAUGAGAGCAAGAAUAUUGACACGAUUUAUUAAUGCGGCUUACAAAUGUUACAUUAUGGGUAAUUUCCAAUCGUGCCGUUCAAUUUUAGCAGGAUUACAAUCACCACCAAUUUAUAGAUUGAAAAAUACGUGGUCACGUUUAAAAACUCAUCAUUCAACUGCUUACGACAUUAUGUCCAAGUUGAGUAAAAUUUAUAAAAAUGCCCAAGGUAAAAUUUAUAAAAGAGCUUGGAGCAAAGCUGAGCAUUGCCCUCAGUUUAUGCCUUAUGUUGGUGAUAUUUUAGUACGAGUACUAAAAAUAAAUAAUUAUGAGUAUCUUGAUAGUUGUAAUUAUGAUGAUGAUGAUGAUGAUUUAGAUGAAACUCAAGUAAAAAUAAAAAGUAAAAUUAUAAAUUGGGAUGGUGGUUCUACUUUCAUAACCCAACAAUCCCAAGCUCUUAAUGAAAAUAUUAAUUCAAAAUACUUGGACCCAGUUGUAAUUAGUAAAGAAAAAAUUAAAAGUGAAAAAAAAAAUAUUAUUAACAAAAUAUUAAAUAGUUUUAUAAAAACCAAGAGUUCGAGUUUUAUGGAAGAGAAGAAAUAUGAAUUUUUUAUUGUAGCUAGACAAUUAUUAUUAGCACGUAAAUAUUUUAAUCGCUGGCAAACGGCUGUUAUUACGGCAAAAAUAAUUGCUCAAGACCAAAAAAAACGUAAUUUACGUUUUGCUCAUAAAAAAAAUAUAAAUAAACUUUUGAUAUGGUUCGAAAAUUGUCAAAAACACGCUCAGAAUUACGAUUACCCUGGACAUUCAUUCGCUUGGGAAUUUUUAUUAAAAGCAAGAUAUCGUGAGGACAGAGAAAAUUUUUCCAUCAGUAAAAUAUUAGAACCUUCAUUAGAUAUAUAA